UCUUGAUGUAGUAUGGUCUAUAUGUAUCUGUGCACACUGAAAGGCAUAGCACCUUUGUUGAGGGAACAAAAAAAAAUAAGAACAUAAAAGAAAGAAAGAAAUUAUAAUCAUUGAAUUUUUCCAAAUGAUUCUAGGUUGCUAUUUUGCUUCUUACUGAGAUCACUCCAAAAAGUAUAGCUGUUCACAAUCCCGUGGAGGUUGCUAGAUUUGUGUGAACCUUAUGUUACUGAAGAUGAAUUGAAGCUGAUGUUAGAUGGGGCAGAGUUUAGUGGAGCAAUAGAGGAGGAAGAGCAGGAUAUGAUUGAAAAUGUAUUGGAGAUAAAGGAUACUCAUGUUAGAGAGGUAGAGACACCCCUUGUUGAUAUGGUUGCAAUUGAUGCAAGUGCAACUCUUGUUGAUUUCCAACAUCUGUGGGUGACUCACAAGGCAGGGAAUUGGUAAUUCAUGUCUAAGGCUUUGUCUCCUUUAAGAAACCUGUUGAAAGAUUUCUGUUUACAGGGUACCUGUUUUUGAGUAGCGUGUUGACAAUAUAGUUGGCAUUACAUAUGCAAUGGAUCUACUUGAUUUUGUUUGGAAGGUCAGCAAUUUCCCCCUUCGAUGCACCCUUUUUUCCAUCAUUAGAACUUUUUGUAUCAAUUAUAUGCAACAAUGUCAAUAUCAUAACAUGCAGAUUUAUAAUCACUUC